CUCUGAUUGGUUAAUACAUGUCCAAUCACAGUUUAGAAUUUCCAACGGCAUACAACUGUUUAUUUGUUCUAUCAGAUAAGGAUUUUCAUUGAGAACUUGGUGCAAUGGGGGAGAACAAAUCAAUAUAUAAACAUUUCUCUGCAUUACCUCUGCAACCUAACCAAAAAUCGUAUUCAUGUAACUAUUGCAAGAAAAAGUAUGCAGAAAACAUUACUCGCAUGCGAAAACAUCUUUAUAAAGAGUGUAGAAGUUGUCCUCAAGACUUACGGAAACUUUUAAAACCAUGUAAACCUCGUAAACGAAAUAAUUCUCAUCUAAACAGCACAGACGACUCAUUUACUAUUGAAGAUUUGAAUGAAGCAGACAAUAGAGCAAGUACUUCAAUGAUUUCAAAUGAAAAUUUACCAAAUAAUAUAAGUGUUUGUAGCAAUAACUAUAAAAAAAAUACAAUCGAUAGUUUUUGUGAUAAAAUGUCAAAAAAAGAUGAAGAUUCUCUACAAGAACUACUUGCAGAAGCGAUUUAUGCAUCUGGUACACCAUUAUGUAUAACAGAAAAUCCAUAUUGGCUAAAAUUUUUUAACGCAUUACGGCCUUCAUUUAAUUUGCCAUCAAGAAAUCAAAUAUCAAAUAAUCUUUUAGAUUCAGUAUUCGUUAGAACACAAAAUAUGGUUAAUGAAAAAAUUGAAUCUGCUACUACUGUUGGAGUGCAAUGUGACGCAUGGUCUAAUAUUCGCAAAGAAGGAAUCAUCAAUUUUAUUGUAACAACCCCAGCGCCAGUUUUUUUCAAAACAUUUCCAACUGGAACCGAAUCACAAACUGCCUUAUAUAUUUCUGAAAAAAUAGAAAGUGUUAUUGAUGCUUUGGGAAUUAAAAAAGUUAUCGGAAUUUGUAAGGUAUUAAAAGAUUUAACAGAUUAUGUGUCAGAAUCAAGUAUGUGGAGUUACGACUACGUUAAGCGAGCAAGUAUAAUCACUUCAGCAUGUCAAUGGUGGCAAAGUAUUUGCCAAAAAUCUUCGUUGAGCAAAAUAGCUGUGGCUAUAUUGACUUUACCUGCAACAUCAGCUGCAACCGAGCGUUCCUUUAGUACACAAGGAUGGAUUCAUUCAUCUAAAAUAAAUAAGUUAAGUAUCGAUAGAGCUGGAAAAAUAACAUACAUUGCAAGAAAUUUAAAAUUACUUAAUCCUUCACCAAAAAAUACAGAAGAAGAAUGGGAAGAAGAUGAGGAAAGUAAUAAAGGAGAGGAUGAAAUAAGUGAAAUUUGUGCUGAGCAUGAAGAAGUUGAAUUUUUAGAAGAAGAAUUUACUCAAGACUAUAAUGAUAAUGAAGAAGUUGUUCUAUGGAUGAGUACUAUCGGACCAUAUCAUAAUAGGCAAGAAACUUAUGCUUAUGACUCCUUACCAUUUUGUUCUGGACCUAAAGAAAUGAUUGGCCAUUACCAUGAAACUCUAUCUGAAGCCUUACAAGGCAUUGAACUUAAAUUUAGUGGCUUAGAAAUAGAUUUCAAAGUUCCAGUCUCUAAAACUGUCUUUUGUGGAAUAGACUUAACUGAAGAUAGAGUUAAAGCAUUUGUAUAUGCAAUCAAGAACCAAUAUUGGUACCAAAUGUAUAUAGAUAAUCUUCCUAUGUGGGGAAUUGUUGGGCAACUUGAAAAAUCUGAUGAUGGAAUAUCUUAUUACAUUUAUACACAUAAAAAAUUUGAUAUUGGAUACAAUGGAAGACAAAUAGUUGAUGUUAAUUUAACAAGUGACAUAACUAGAGUUAAACUAAUACCUAAUGCUCAUAUCACAUUCAGUUAUGAAGUCAACUGGAUUAAAAGCAAUGUCAAAUUUGAAGAUAGAUUCGAUAAGUAUUUAGAUCCUAAUUUCUUCCAGCAUAGAAUUCAUUGGUUUAGCAUCUUCAAUAGUUUUAUGAUGGUUAUUUUUCUUGUUGGACUUGUAUCAAUGAUAUUAAUGCGCACUUUACGAAAAGAUUAUGCUCGAUAUAGUAAAGAUGAAGAAAUGGAUGAUAUAGAAAGAGAUUUAGGUGAUGAAUAUGGUUGGAAACAAGUUCAUGGAGAUGUUUUUAGACCUGCUAGUCACCCAAUACUUUUUUCAGCUUUAAUUGGUGCUGGCUAUCAGGUGACUGUUGUUGUACUUAGUGUCAUAAUAUUUGCUAUACUUGGUGAGCUUUAUACUGAACGAGGAUCAAUGUUAUCAACGGCAAUUUUUAUGUAUGCUGCAACAUCUCCAGUAAAUGGAUAUGCUGGAGGUGGACUUUAUGCACGAAUGGGUGGACGUUUGUGGAUAAAACAGAUGCUUUUGAGUGCAUUCAUGUUACCACUUCUUGUAUGUGGCACUGCAUUUUUUAUCAAUUUCAUUGCAAUGUACUAUCAUGCAAGUCGUGCUAUUCCUUUUGGAUCUAUGGUUGCAGUUACUUGUAUUUGUGUGUUCGUGAUUCUUCCGCUUACAUUAGUGGGUACUAUUUUAGGUCGAAAUCUAGCCGGUACACCUGAUGCACCUUGCAGGGUAAAUGCUGUUCCUAGACCAAUACCAGAGAAAAAAUGGUUUAUGGAACCACUAGUGAUUAUACUUCUCGGUGGCAUUCUUCCUUUUGGCUCCAUCUUCAUUGAAAUGUACUUUAUUUUUACUUCAUUUUGGGCAUAUAAAAUUUAUUACGUUUAUGGAUUCAUGCUCCUAGUGUUUGUAAUUCUUAUGAUAGUAACUAUUUGUGUUACAAUUGUUUGCACUUACUUUUUACUCAACGCUGAAGAUUACCGAUGGCAAUGGACAAGUUUCUUAGCUGCAGCAUCUACUGCUGGAUAUGUCUACAUUUAUUCAUUCUACUAUUUUUUCUUCAAAACAAAAAUGUACGGUCUCUUCCAAACUGCUUUUUACUUCAGUUACAUGGCGCUAUUUAGCUUAGCUCUUGGUAUUAUGUGCGGUACAGUAUUUGAUACAGUAAACAAAACGACUUCUGAAAAAUUAAACGUAGUUCCGAUCAAGAAGCGUAAACGAGCCAACGAUGUAAUUGACAGUAUGGGUGAUAAUGAGAAAGAGUUUUCCACGACAUGCAGAACUUUACGUCAAUCGACAAAAAAGCUUUACGAUACGAACUUAUCAAAUCAUGGUUAUUCAAGUACUUCGCAAGGUGAAAAUGUCUUAAAACCAGAAUGGAUGAUUGGAAAAAGUAAAUCAUUUGAUUGUUUUGACGCUGGACCAUUUACAGUUACAAAACAAAAUCGUCUACCAGUUCAUAAAACGUUGAGUGAAAUUAAAGCAAAAAUGGUGGUGAAUAUAGACUCGGAUUGUUAUAACAUGAAUCAUAAAAAUCGAGGAAAGUGUGUCAUAUUCAAUCAUGAAGUUUUUGAUACUGGAUUUGAUAGCAGAGUUGGAUCAUCUUUAGAUGCCAAAAGAAUUGAGAGGACGUUUACGAAACUCGGCUUUAAUGUGGAGAUUUUAGAUAAUUUGAAGCAUAAUGACGUCAUGUUUAAAAUUGCUGAAUUGAGCGAAGACAAUCAUGAUGACAAUGAUUGCAUAUGCAUAUUUAUGCUUACCCAUGGUCUUUCCCCUGAUAUGAUAUUUGCAAAAGACGUAGCAUAUAAUCUAGAAAAUAUUUGGAAACCUUUUACGGCUGAUAAGUGUGCGAGUUUAGCUGGGAAACCUAAACUUUUUUUUUUUCAAGCAUGCAGAGGAAAUGAACUUGACGAAGGUGUUCGUUUAUAUCGUACAAGAGCUUGCAAAUCUGAAACAGACUCAGCUGGUACGUCUUAUAAGCUUCCAACACACGCUGACUUUCUUAUCGCUCACAGUACAGUACAAGGUUUUUAUUCGUGGCGAAAUCCUGAAAAAGGAACAUGGUUCAUUCAAUGUCUAUGCGAUGUUUUGGAUGAGUUUUAUGAAACAACAGAUCUUCUAAAGAUGCUAACUAUAUGUGCCCGCCGAGUAGCUACCGAAUACACUUCAAUCAAUGACUUCGAUGUUACAAAGCAUGAUCAAAAACAAGUGCCUGCAAUAACGUCUAUGCUCAUCAGAGAUCUCUAUUUUACGCGAAAAUAGAUACAUUGUAAUUGAAAUUCUCGACAAUUCAUUUUUUUUCUCAAAUAUUAUUUAGACUUAACGAAAUGUUUCUUUUUUACUGAUUAUCGAUAAAAAGUUAAGAUUCUGGAAAUCUCAUGCUUGCCCGUUGUAUAUACAGAAAAAUCAUAAGAAAAAAAAAUUUCUUAAGACGUACAGUAUUAUUUUGAAAAUUAAUUUGUUUUAUUAAAAACAAUUCUAUACAUUAUUGAAUGUUUUUAUUUGAAGCCUUCAACUUAAUGUUAAUGUGUUAAAUAAUCUUUUUCUUUCUUCACAAAAUAAUUAUUCUUAAAGAUGAUCAAA